CAUUAAAACAGCCCAAGGAUGGUUAAAUCGGAAUGCUGCGCUCUGUGCCUCUCGAACGAAUCGGAAUGGCUGCUGGAACUGUUCGGGGACGACAUCCAAGCGAAGGAUCGGCUACUGGUCAUAUCAAAACACCUAUGGUUCGAUCUGAAAUCUCGGAACGAAGAAACGUACGUGUGCUCGGAAUGCUGGAAAAGUGUCCACGACUUUGAUCUCUUCUACUGUAAACUGGAAAAGAUACACCGCGACCUGCAGGAACACGACGAUGAUGACGAGCAAUCCGGCGUCACGACACCCCUCCCUCAACCUGAUUUUGAAUUUCACCCGGUGUUAGAGAUAAAGAUUGAGCCAUCGGAUGGGCCGGAUAAUGAUGUAGGUGCGGUGUCACCAUCGGAGGAAAUCGAAAUCCUCGAAGAGCAUGAACUGGUUUCCCCGAAUACCACCGUAGAGGAACCGGAAGAGGAAGAAAAGGGUCUGACAACGAAAGUAGAUCGUCCGCGACGUAGCCACUCUACUUCCGCCAAGAUGAAAUACGAAUCAUCCAUUUCGGAAUGGGAUGGUGUCGAGCAAGACUAUCUGGCAGAUGACGAUUAUAUAGAAGAAGAAGUGAUUGAUGAGGAUGCGGAUGGUGAUGGUGAUGAGGACGAAGAAGUGUUGGAUGAGGAAGAGGAUGACGAAGAUUACAUUAACUAUGACGAGCUACACGGUGAUAAAGAGCAGGCAUCGGGCAAAAAUCAGUCCUCUAUGAAAUCGGAACAGGAAGGUAGCGACGCACUCAGCCAAGAUGUACUGGACGUGGAGACACCGAAGCGGAAACGAGGGCGACCUCCCAAGCGGAAACCAGAGGACAGUCUCGAGGAACCGGGACCAAGUCGUGGCGAUUCAACGCGUAAAUCGGGGCGCGUUAAAAAUCGCCGGAAAUCCACGAAAUCCAUCUCGCAGUUCAGUGACUCCGACUCGGACAUUUUGUCCGAUCCGGAUGAUAGUCCACGAUCGAGAGCAAGGAACAAAAAGAUCGGCAACCGGAAGGCACUGGAUCAGAAAAUCUUUUCAUAUAUCGACGAAUUCUUCUGCUACUACUGCCCCGAUAAGGUGCUUUUCGAGCGAUUCCACCAUGCCAACUUGCAUUACAAGGAACUACAUAACGAACCGGCCUUCUUGCGGUGUCCGAAGUGUGGUAAAAAGUGUUUCACUCCCGGUGGCUUCCUGAGUCACAUGGAAACGCAUGACGAUCCGGAAAAGAACAAAUGUCCUAUCUGUGGGAAGGUGACGGAUCAGCGAAUCACGCUAAAGAAACACAUGCGUGCCCAUCAGCAGAAGCUAGAGGAAGCGCUACCGUACCCUUGUAGUCAGUGCCCUCGGCGGUUCGAUCAGCAAAAGGUUCGAGAUAAGCACGAGCGAUUGCAUGGACGGAAGAUCGUGAUCCGCAAGGAGAAGGGACGAGAUCUGGAACUGUUGGCAUUCUACAAACGGAUUUAUUGUGAAAUUUGCGAAGAAGCAAAGCCCAAUUCAACCUCUUUCGACAACUUUUGGGAUCUGAAGGUGCACAUGGGGAACGAGCACAACAAAAACCCCUAUCUUAAGUGUCAUCUAUGCUUGGCAAAGCUACCGUGCCGGCAACAGCUCAUGGUUCACGUCGAUGUGCAUAACAAUCCGGAAAAUUAUCGGUGCGAAGUAUGUAGUGAAAUUCAUCAGAAUCUCGAGAAACACAUGAUCAAGGCGCACACACCCGAAACAUCCGUACCGCAGGAGAAGAACUAUAGCUGCGAGCACUGUGGGAAGAUGUUUAAAUGCGAAACGAACUUGAAGAACCACAUCGAUCGUGUGCACGGCGUAAAGGACGUUUGCUGUGACAUAUGCAACAAAUCCUUCAAUCGGAAAGCCCUCGGCGCACACAAGCGCUCGGCCCACAGCGACGAGAUGUACAUGUGCGAGCACUGUCCCAAGAUGUUCAAAACGCGUAGCGGCCUCGAGUCGCACAAAGGAGAGCACGAUGCAAAUCUGCGCAAAUCGGUCAAGUGUACACUAUGCGGCAAGGAGAUGCGGCGUGGGGCCAGUAUGGCGAAACACAUGAAAACGAUCCACUCGCAGGAAGAUCCCGUCAGCUGCAACCUUUGUGGCAAAGUGUUCCGGACCUCUUUUCACAUGUUGCGCCAUCGGCAAAACACUUGCGCAGCGACUAUCAACUCGCGUCCAUACAAAUGCGAAGUCUGCGGCAAGGGCUUCGCCAUGAAGCUCACAAUGACGGAGCAUAUGACGACGCAUACGCGUACCAGUCUGUAUCAGUGCGCAUUUUGUUUCAAGACGUUCGGCUACAUCUCGAAUCUGUACAAGCACCGGAAGAAGGCUCAUCCGGUGGAAUGGCAGGAGGUUCAGGCUCGGCCAGAGGAUGGCAUUGCGACCGUGAUCGAAAUAAGGAACUGAAUGGUGUGUAUGCUAGCACGUGCCAUUUCACUUACAAUAUUAUGUGUAAAAUAGUACUAAAAUGGAAAUGAGAUUGUAGGAGGGCAGAGUAAGAAACCGAAUCAGAAGGAUCGAGCAUCAUGGUUGAGCGUUAAAUAAGACUGAGAUAAUAGUUUCCCAUCCAUUGUGCAGGAGAAAGCCUUCACCUUUCCUCGAGGACGUCAGGUUCAUCAUCAUGAUUGUUAAAUAGCUUCGGUAAACAAAUUUCAAGAAAUCGCACAAACACAACCACCUCUUAAUGCAAUUUCAAUGUUCUUUUAGGCUUGCAGAGCAAGAUUUGCAUUA